GGCAGACCGUGGCCCCAUUUUCUGCCCCAUGAAGAACACCAUGUCUCUAGCUACUGAUCCUCGUCGCUUUAAUGCUGUGAUUGAAACCAGCGUGAAGUGCUUUCUCGAGAUACUCGAAAGUCAAUUGUCAAUAGGAGCUCCGUGGGUGCAGUACCUCUACAGUGCCAAUUUCCAGAUACUGCAUUAAUUUCUCAAAAUCUGGACGCUUCAAUGAGCAUCUCUAGCCAGCCAUGAAUAAGUCGCUUCAUAGGAGGUCGAGAUCGCCUCGAUGUACUUGAGUGACAGAGACUGCGUCCUCGUCCUUCUUGACGAAGCAAUUCUCCGACACGCGGCCCCGGCGGUGCAGAAGCUCGUGGAGGCGAUUCGACAGGCGACGAGCAGAGCCUCGGACGGGCAGCAGAUCGAAUUCAGCGAGGAGGACUGGAAGGAGUGGGAGGCGAGGCAUCCAUGCCGAAGCCGGCUGGAGCUCGCGCCGCUCUACGCAGCGCUUAUAGAAACUUUGAGUGAAGAGACUUCACACAAAGUUUCUGAAUUCCCACAAGCUGAUGGCGUGGCUCCCUGUUUCCAAAUAAAAGAAGGAGCCUUCGGUGUUUGGCUGGUGCAGAAUGGGGCCUUCGCAUGUGAGCCUCCUGUGAAGAUAUGCAGGAUGGCAGAAAAAAACUGGCUUUGACGAAAUCUACGUGGAGCCGGCGGAGAUCUUGGCUAAAGAUAGUGAAUUACUCUGGGAGUCAGACCAUUAUAUCAGUAGAUAGUAAUCUGGUGUAGAUAUAUGGGGUUUAAGCCAGAAACCCUUAUAUCUACACCAAGGUGACCUAAGACUUUAAGGUCAUCUUGGUCGCGAGCAUUAAUAAGCGAUCAUUGUAUUGGGUGUCGGAUAUGUGUUUCGAGCUUAAAGUUCAACUUAAAAACGGUUUCCGGUUCCCUAUCCCGAGUAGCAACACCGUGGGCGAUCUUAACAGAGCUUUUACGGGGUAGUCCUCCGAGUUUCGAGUGGUAAUUAUUGCUGUCAAGUUAGUAGAGCAAUCAGAGUCAGAAGUUCAAGUUGAAUUAUGAUGUACUCAGAGGUGUGAUAUGUAACUCAAGCAAUGAGGUACUGAUCACACCUCUGAGUGCGAUCGGUACCUAAUUUCUCAGCAACCUAGAAGUGCGAGUGUUGCUGAGAAGUGAAGACGUAGGAAGCAUGUUACUUGGUGUGAUUUCAAGUGUAUAAAAUGCUAAAUAGAGGGUUCUCACCUCAAUACUGUCGCGGAUGUUGCUAAUCUUCCAGGUGACUGAAGAGUAGAGUGGUAGUAAACAAUGGCAGGUUCUGCAGAGUCUAUAGUACCUGCAGUUGUAGGAAAUGCAUCAAGGAGUGAUCCAUAUGGAUAAAUCCUGGAUCAUAUUGAUGGGGGUUGAAUACUCAACCAACUCUAGGUCCUUCAUUGCACAGGAUGACCCAAAACGGUUCCCACAAGCUUCUUGGACGCAGUAGAGAAGCAGAAGAAGGGGAAAAGUAGCCAUUUUGAAGCUGAAAUUAGACAACAGUUUUUUUUCCUCGAUGAGAAAUUGUAAACGUAACAGCAUUUUUGUUUUAGUACCUUCUGUCAAAUAGACUAAAUGGUCUUUAUGUGAAUCGUACAUCGGCACACUUUCACGAUGAUGUUCAAAAGCUUGAUUAGUUCUUUUGUUCGAUUAUUGUUUCGGUUCACAGCUGCAGCACACACAGAGAUCAGUCCACUGUUAGUCUAGACAAACUUAAGUCUCCUUGUCAGUCUACAGACUCCGAUUACGUGAUCUCCAUUAUUGCUAGAUUACUUCGUAUGUCGCUUGUUCACCCAUGUUAAAAAAUGAUGCUUUGCUCUUCCACUUAUCGUUGGUGAAUGGAGGGUUUCUGUUUGCCAACGAAGGUACAUUAGGGCAACAGAGGAUGUACAAAUUUUUCAUCCAAUUAUUGAUCAGUAUGAAUAAGAUCACGUUGCUUCGAUGUGCAAAUCUCGACGAUGGACAUUCAGUAUUACAUUCAGAUGAUGUACAUGGACUACGUUCAGCAAUUGAUUCCACAUUUCACAUGCAACUCACUACAGUAUAGUUAAAUUUCCUGAGUUGAAAGUCUGUGAAAUUGGAAGAAAAAUCACAAAUGAUGGCUGGAAAUAAACUUGUACAAUCUAACGUGAGAGCAUGGCCGAGCGAGUGAGCGGACGAAACACUUCUUCAGAGACCAAGUGCUUCAUCUAGCUCGUUGUCCUGGAUCUGCUGCCUUCAGGCUUUCCCGUCAACUGCCGAGUCCAGGCGCAUGCUCUGGGCAAAUGAAAGUCGUCAAUCUCUAGCUCGGCAUGCGGGAGAUGAAUGGCGGUAGAGAAUCUGAAGACUUUGGACCACAUCGGUGCUGCACAUACCUCGGUCAAACUCCCUAACUUGGGCAUCGGUGAUAAAUUCGGGGACAUGCAUCAUUUUGUAAUAACACGGACAACCUUGACGAAUGCUUCAUACGAAAGAAAGUUUCGAGGAUGAUGGCGCCUGUUAUUAUUGAGCAGAUUUGUGUCGCCCGUGUUAACGUGUUCCGGAAGUUCCGGAAGACAGUCGGAACUUGCUUGAUCUAGCCAAAAGUAUAAGUAGCUUGAACUCGGUGAACAUCACACACACUGCAAGCUCGAACACUAUUGUUCACUCAGCUUCCAGUUUGGUUUCAGAUCCAGAUUUGAGGGCUAGAACUGGAUCAGAAUCACACACUACUCACAGUUUCCUUUCACUCGUAUUAUUUGAUCAGAUGUAGAGCGCCAAGGACUCCGCUGCUCACACCACGGAGCAGACCAAGAAUUUUGGAGCCGAGAAGACCGGGCAGGCCCAGGCACACGCUGAGGGAAUGGGGCAGGCUGCCAAGGACAAGGCCAACCAGGCCGGUCAGGCCACAUCUGAUGCCGCCCAGACGACCAAGGACAAUGCUGCUGAGGCCAAGGACGAGGCAUGGCAUUUCGUGCGACAGGCUGGUGACAAGGUGAUGGAGAUUCGGUUUGUAUAGGUUACUGCGCUUGGUGCAAUGACGAGUGAAAGAAGAGAACCAAAGCUUCUCCUGAUUGCGCCCAUCCUUCAUAUGGUUUUGUUGAAAGUAAAAUCUAGACUCGAUGAUAGAUUAGAGAGAGAGAGAGGUCCCUUAAGUAGCAAAGGGAUAAGAUGGUCGAGAAGGCUAUCGACCACAGAAGAAGACACAAGAGAUCUAACAGAACAUUAUCCUAAUCUAAUCCUAUCCUAAUACUGAUCACUAUACUACACUCGGUAACUAAUUACUAACAACAUCCCCUCUUGAGGGUAGUACCGGAAAAUUCUAGGGGUAGAGCAUUGGAAACUAAUGUUCUAAAGAGACAGCUUGAAUAUCAGAUAAAGAGCAUACUCCAAUAGAUUUUCUAUGUUUUUCAAAUUUAUGUCUUGGUAGUGACUUGGUGAGUAAGUCUGCAGUGUUUUCCUCAGUGUGAAUGUACUUGAGUUCAGUGUCUCCCUCUAACACUCUUUCUCG